AGCUGGGCCAGAGGAGGUCGUGUUUCUUCCUUCUCGACUUUUUUCACCAGUUGAGAAUCACCUGUGUGAAAUAUGAGUGAGCAUGUAAGACUAAGAUCCAAAUCUAGAGGAAAGGGAGAUGAUCAAGAAUCUUACCAGCUCAUUGAACCUGCGGUUGCCCAGCAGCCCAGUGAUGAACAACUUCAAGAGGAGGACCCACCAACUGAGAAUGAGGAUAUUACAUCUGGUCAAGAGAAAGAGGAUGAAGGAGCGCCUCUGAUUCAAGGUCCUGACCUGGAAGCUGAUGUCCAGAAAUUGCCUCAGGCAGAGACUGAGGAUAAAGGAGAUGAUGAUUCUGAUGUCAAAGGGGAGAUUCCAUCAACUCCAGAGCCCCUUAAAAUGUCGGAAGGAGAGGAAGGAGAACCACAGGUUUAAGGAAAGACAAGAUGAAACCAUGCAAACUGU